AUGCCGUUCAGUGUAACGACGUGUGAUGACAAUUGUUGGCACAAUGAUUGGCGAACGCGUGAUUCAGAAGCAAGAAAACAUGGCUUUGAAGCGGAUAAUAAGAGAUGUUCUUACUCGUACCUUUGGGGCGGUACUUGUUUUUGUUACGGUCCACCAUAUUGUGUAGACGUGCCAAACAGAACAUGUGGUCAUAACUGCUGGCACAACGAUUGGCGAAAGCGAGAUCAGAGAGCACAAGCAGCCGGGCAGUCCGGGAGCAGAUGUUCGUAUGGAUAUAGCUAUGGACCAGCUGUUGGAGGACGAUGUUACUGUUAUGGUUCACCAGUCUGCACUUAA